AUGUUCGGCAUCAGGGUAUUCCUACAAAAAAUCCUUAUUCUUCUGCAUGUUACUACGUGCGUCGUUGUUGGCAAAACACUGAUGCUGCUCUUCCCUAACGCCAUGAAAAGAUACAUCCUAAAACAGGGCGAAAAGAGCAGAAUGAACGAGAACCCAAAGUUCAGCUACGAAAACUGGGGUCCGACUUUUUUCAGCUUCAAGUAUUUGCUCUUUGUGCUGAAGGUGAAGUGGAAGAGGCUGGAGGAUGAAGCCUAUGAGGGACACCCCGCUCCCAACACGCCGGUGGUGACUCUCAACGGGGAAGCGCGUCACCUCUUGGAUUUCAUGCGAGAUAACCGGCCUUUAAUCCUGAAUUUUGGAAGUUGCACCUGACCUUCGUUUAUGUUAAAAUUUGAUGAGUUCAACAAGCUCGUCAAAGAUUUCGGCUCUGUAGCAGAUUUUCUUAUUGUCUACAUCGAAGAAGCUCACGCAGUAGAUGGAUGGGCUUUUAAAAACAAUAUUGUUAUUAAAAAUCACAGAAGCCUUGAAGAUCGAAGAACGGCAGCACAGUUGCUUCAGAAAAAUAAUCCUUUAUGUCCAGUGGUUUUAGACACUAUGGAAAACCUGAGCAGUACAAAAUACGCUGCUUUGCCAGAACGACUGUAUUUACUUCAAGGAGGGAAGGUCAUCUACAAGGGAGGAGUGGGGCCUUGGAAUUAUCACCCCCAGGAAAUACGCGCCAUCCUGGAAAAACUGAACUAG